AUGACGCCUAUGGUGCGUCCGAGGAAAACUUCGGCUAUUGCCCUCCCGGCCGGCGGCACGCCGCUGCCGGAACCGGGUCGGAGAGUCCCGCUGUCUCCCUUCGAUGCGUACUGGGUCACGCUGCCCCCUGUCCGCCGCGUCUUCCUCUACCGCUCACCGGCCAGCCAUCACCCGUUCUCGGACGUCGCCGCCGAACUCAGGUCAUCCCUCGAGCAGGUGCUCCCGUCCUUCCACCCGUUCGCCGGCGUCCUCACCUACUCGUCGGAUCCCCUCGGCCUGUCAAUCGUCCUCCCGGAGGAGGGGGAGGGCGCCUGCAGUGUCGCGUUCGUCGAGGCCGAGACGGACCACCAGUUCGACAAGCUCGUCGAGGAGUACGACGAGGAGGCGCUCCGGCAGCUCGCUCCGGACAUCCGUCGGGACGAGCUCCCGGCGCCUGUGAUGGCGGCGCAGAUUGCUCCAAAGCAAGAUGCACCGUCGGAACAAGGGCGCCCUCUCAGCCGACGGACCUUCACGUUCGCCGCGUCCGCAGUGCGGCGCCUCAAGCAGUGUCUGGCCGCCGCCGCGAACACCGGCACAGUGCCGUCCACGUUCGCCACGAUUGCGGCUCAUGGGUGGGUGUCCAUCGCGCGGGCCAGGGGCUUCACCGACGACACCCCAGUAUUCGCCGCCUUCCUCGCCGACUGUCGGGCCCAUAUGUCGCCGCCGGUGCCGGCGGCAUAUAUCGGCAAUUGCGUCGCUUUCUGCACGACCUCGCUGAGCGGUUCACUUCUCGCGGGGCCGACCGGGCCGGCCAUGGCGCUCCUGGCCAUACAGGAGGCCGUCGCGGAGGUGAAGCGUGACCCGCUCGCUGACCGUGAUCGGUGGUGCACCAAGUUCGCGGCCAUCCCGCCGGGCCGCGCGGUCAUUCUGGUGGGGUCGCCGUGGUUCCCAGCGUAUGGAGUUGACUUCGGGUUCGGGAGGCCGGCGAGGGUUGAGCUGGCGUCCAUGAACCACGACGGUGAGAUGGCGCUCGUCGCCGGGAGGGAGCCAGGCUCGGUGCAGGUGUCAGUGGCCAUUGCUGCGGAAAAGAUGCCAGCGUUCCGUGGUAUGUUUGAACUGGAGUGUGACCGUGCGUCGGCGAUGCCAGUGUCUGAAUCAGAGUCUACAAAGCGUUCCUGGUCACAGGCUUUUGAUGAGAAUCUGGUUUUCAAGGUUAAUGAUGAUGUUUCCACUGACACCAGGCAAGAACACAUUAUUGCUCGAGCUUCUAGCCAGGACAUUGUGUCUAAUGCACCAGGGCAGGCAAAGAAGGUGAGGCAGAAGAAGAAGAGAGAUGUGCCACUUGUUGAUCUGUCCACCAAACGCUGUACUAGGAGCGCUACAUUGAAGGAAGGAUACCGUGUUCCACCAAUUGCUAAUUUGGUGCCUAAGCCCAGGAAGCGUGCUAGGAAGGCAGUCCCUGCAACUCGAGGAGUUACUCCAGCUCAUGAUCAAGCAAAUUCUGGUUCACAUACUGCAGACAAGGACUCAGUCACUCCUCCAAUUCAUGUGGCUACUUUGCAGCGCAUUGGAGAAAUGUUGGGUAUAGACACACAACUGCUCUCUGCUGACAAGCUUACGGCCAAGUCAGGAUCUAAAGAUUCACAAGAUGUGUAG